GUCUACUGUUGUACGUGGAAUGUAGGAGACGAAUCACCACCAGAAAAAAGUCUAGACAAACUGCUUGGUGUCGAUACCAAUCCUCAUCCCGAUAUCGUCUUCCUUGGGUUACAAGAAGUUGUCCGGUCAGACGAAUGGUAUGAAGCUAUAAGACUCGUUAUGGCUCCAUUGGACUAUGUCCUCAUCAAGCAAAGAAAUUGCUGGGCCAUAUGGAUAUAUGCCUUUGUAAAGCGGUACCUUCUGCCAGACAUCAAUAAUAUUGAAUCAGAGUUAUCAGCUUUCGGCUAUGCGGGUAUUAUGGGUAAUAAAGGAGCUUGUAGUAUCCGAUUUGAAAUCUGUGGAGUCAAUAUGGCCACUGUAUCUGCACACUUCACUCCUCAUACUGAAAAUUUGGAAGAUCGAAUUAAUGACUAUCGAGACGUAUUGAAAGGUCAGACAUUCCGUGAUCCGGAUGUCAAUACCCUAAUGGAUCAUGACUACGUGUUUUGGAUGGGUGAUUUAAACUUUCGAACAGAGGGCUUAAAGAAGGAUCAAGCGGAGAGGCUGAUUGCCUCGAAGAAUAUCAAGAAACUUCUUGAAUAUGAUCAGUUGAAGAAAGCCAUGGAAUCUCAGUUGGCUUUCCUCGAUUUCAAAGAAGGUGAAAUCACCUUCCCGCCAACAUUCAAAUUCGACAAAGGAACCAAAAAUUAUGAUUCAAGGUGGGUAAAUUUAUUCUCCAUUUCCCCUCAUUAA